AGCGAAUAUCGAGUCUUGAAUAGAAACUUGAUGAAUGUAGGUAAAAGGUCACUGUCUGACGACAAGCUGUUCUCAGGCGCGCAGUAACGAGCGGAGCAUAUUGACCUUCUUCGAUUUUAUAUAAACUUACAAUAAUGUCGCUCUUACGAGGUGUGUUUAUUGUUUCGGCUAAGAGGACUCCCUUUGGGACAUUUGGUGGUGUUCUUAAAGACCACAGUGCUACAGACUUGGCUGAGCACGCUGCUAAAAGUGCCCUUGCUGCUGCGAAUGUAGCUCCAGAACUAAUUAACAGUGUCAUCAUGGGUAAUGUCAUGCAGAGCUCUGCAGAUGCUAUCUACAUUACACGUCAUGUGGGCCUCAGGUGCAGUGUGCCAGUAGCAGUUCCUGCUCUGACCGUGAACCGCCUUUGUGGAUCAGGGUUCCAGUCUAUCAUCAGCGGCGCUCAGGAGAUCUGCCUUAAAGAGUCAGAGAUUGUACUCUGUGGAGGGUCAGAAAGCAUGAGUCAGGCCCCUUACGCGGUGCGCAACAUCCGUUUCGGCACCAGGUUUGGCACUGAUUUGAAGCUUGAGGACACACUGUGGGCAGGACUCACAGAUCCUCACAUAAAUACCGCUAUGGGCAUGACAGCAGAAAAUCUGGCAGAAAAAUACCAGAUUACACGAGAGGAUUGUGACCAGUAUGCCUACCGGACACAGCAGAAGUGGAAAGCUGCUCAUGAGGCCAGCUACUACAAUGCUGAAAUUGCACCUGUUGAUGUAAAGGCAAAGAAAGGGAAAGUGGUUAUGACCCAAGAUGAACAUCCUCGUCCACAAACUACGCUGGAGCAGAUGGCGAAGCUGCCACCUGUGUUCAAGAAAGGGGGCACAGUCACUGCUGCCAAUGCUUCGGGUGUGUCAGAUGGAGCUGCUGCUGUGGUGUUAGCUAGUGAGGAUGCCCUUAAGGAGCACAAGCUCACUCCAUUGGCUAGAAUUGUAGCAUAUCACGUCUCAGGCUGUGACCCUACAAUCAUGGGCAUUGGUCCAGUACCUGCUAUAACAGAGGCUCUGAAGAAAGCAGGGCUUACUUUGAAUGACAUGGACUUAGUAGAGGUGAAUGAAGCAUUCGCUGCCCAGUAUUUAGCAGUUGUUAAAGCUUUAGGGCUAGACCCAGAAAAGACUAACGUCAAUGGAGGAGCCAUUGCAAUUGGCCACCCACUAGGAGCCUCUGGGUCCAGAAUCACUGCACACUUGGUUCAUGAGCUCAGGCGGCGAGGUGGCAAGUAUGCAGUGGGCUCAGCCUGUAUUGGUGGUGGCCAGGGGAUUGCAGUAAUUCUGGAAAAUACCCAUUGAGCAAAAAGAGAAACAUGCAUUGAGCAAAAUGGAUCCAAAAUAUGUAAUCAGGGACUGAAAAGUCUUUAGAUGUUGUAAUUACCAAUAUUCAUAUAUUCAUACAUUUCUAGCAGAUUUUUUGACAUAUAUUAAAGAAUGCAUUCAUAACACUUUACAUAAUGAUAGUCACUGUAUUAAGGUGUAUUCUUUACCAGAAAUGUACAAGUAAAUAAACAUGUGUCCAGACGUAUUUUUCAAAGUUUUUCUAGGAAUUCAACAGCAAAGCUUGUACAAUAUCCUUUGCUGUGCCAGUGUAUAGGCUUUAUAAGACCUUAAAAGUACUUCAGAAGUAUUAAGAACAUUGUGCUUUUAAUGUAAUUGGACUAAUUUAUAGUAACGUAGGGAGUAAUGAGGAGUAAAGUGCCUGUUUUUCAUUUUUGACUAUUAACAGUGCAUGCACUGAAUGCCUUUUUAACUCACUCGCUUCAAUCUGAUAUAGUUGUAACAUAAUCACUCCAGUGUGAGGCACAUGCUGUACCUCAUAGACCGAGACUCUGGAAAACCUGUGAUGCCUUCUGGAUUCAUGAUAAUAAAAGUUUAAUAUCUAAGUAUUUAAAGAGCCUUGUCAAUGCACAAAUAAAGAAAAAAAUGAGUAUCCACUGUA